UGCAACCCAACUUGUGUCAAUAGAAGAAUAUAAUAAUUCCGCUGGUUGUGCAGCUAGUGCGUAAAUGUCGACCAUUAAAAUGCUCCGCCACUCUGUACUAGUCAAACUGGUGAUUCUCAGCGUUAUCGCACUCGCCGCGGAUGCAGCCAGAUCCGCGAGACAGACAUGCUCUGCGUAUCCCGCAGUGGCAACCCGCCAGGGUGGCGAUGAUCCAGCGCAGAAAGCCGGCACGUGGUAUGGCUACCGGCAAAACGGCGAUGUCACCAUCAAUCAGCAGGUGACGAUCAGCAACCUCGGCACCACGGUGGAAACGUUGACCAACCUGACUGCCGUCCAGCAGUACCAGCAGUCCACCUGGACGACCACGACCAACAGCACCUGCCAGAAUGAUUACUGGACGGGGAUCUACGUCGUCAACGGCAUGGAGAUCGCCAACGGUGCCACAACCAGCGAUGGAUACAGCGUUAACCAUCUGAAAGGCAACUCGGUGUUAUACCACGACUAUCAGAAACUGAUGGUGGAAUAUGGAUGCAAAAUACCGAAGAAAGACGGCACCUGCGAUACACCGCUCUUCUGGGCCAAAACACGGACCCGCCCCGAUAAACUGUCGGCCAGUGACAAGGCCGCUUUCGACAGCAUCAUCACCACGGCAUUGCAGCCGUACUGCAUUACGCUGGCGAUGAUGCCGCUGCAGUUGUACGAUGACUCCAAACCAACCUGUCCCUACCUCGAUCCUCCGUCCUGCUUCGCCACCGUCCUCCAAGGAAACAAUGCCACCGUCCCCGCCAAUUUUAAUGCAGGCCAGAGUGCAACGAGUACUACCUCCAGCUGCAAAUGGCCAAUUUAUGUGGCGCCCAAAUUAACUUAUGAUCCACAAACGGUGGCCGGUCUGUGGUAUGUUUACCGCACUGUUUAUUUGCCGGAACCGACGGCGGUGGGCAUGAAGUAUUUCUGGCACAUUCUGAGCAGUUCCCUCCUGCCGGAAACCAACUACACUGGCAACUACGCCUGGGUCGAAUACACUCAGUACAACGAUCCCUCCGACACCGACUGCAACUACGGCUACUGGACCGGAAUGAUGUUGACGACCGGACUGGAUGUCGGCUUCCGUUUUGUCACCACCGACGCGGGAGAUAGCGUCUUGCCGCUGUGGCCCAUGACAAUUUACCUGGAUGAGAAGUAUACAAUCUUCUACGGCUGCAGCACACCGGAUCUCCAGAUGCAGUUCUGCGCGUCGCCCUUCGCCUUGCUCGGCGCGCGCACCGAUCCCGCCACCUGGACGCAGAGUGAGAAGGAUCAUGUGGACAACGACAUUAUUACACCGCUGAUCCAGAACUACGGCUGUGCCGCUAAGGAUAUGCGGGUGGUGCCGUCGGUGGGCAGUAAACCGUCAUGCGCAUUCAAGGGCGCCCCAGCCUGCCUGAACCAGUUCAUCGCCGGUUACAACGAGCUGCUUCCUCAAAAGCAGUCCAGCUAUUAGUACCAAUUAAUAUCCAGUGAUACUUGAUUACUUGAAACACUUAAGUAUUGUUCAGUCUGGUUGGUUAUGAGACCGCACACACGAAUCCUCUUAUUUUGUUGCCAUCCUGCACAUUUGCCCCAUAUUAUGAAAUAUUUGCUACUGCAGCUCUGUCUCAGAAGAUAAAAAAGGAUUUAGC